AUGGAAGAAUAUUCAGACAGUUUCGACCCUUCCCAACAGCUAUUAAAUUUCACCUCGCUCUAUGGUGAGACAGAUGCGACUUUUGCUGAACUAGACGAUUAUCAUUUUUACGUCGUCAAAUAUGCCAUCGUAUAUGGUGCCCGUAUCGGUGUUGGGAUGUUUUGUACCUUGAUGUUAUUUGUGGUCUCCAAAAGCUGGAAGACUCCAAUCUUCGUGCUGAACCAAAGUUCACUAAUACUGCUGAUAAUCCACUCUGGGUUUUACAUCCACUACUUGACCAACCAAUUCUCAAGUCUUACCUACAUGUUCACCAGAAUUCCCAAUGAAACCCAUGCCGGUGUGGACUUGAGGAUAAAUGUAGUCACCAACACCUUGUAUGCUUUGCUGAUACUGUCCAUUGAAAUAUCCUUGAUCUACCAGGUGUUCGUUAUCUUUAAAGGGGUUUACGAAAACUCACUCAGAUGGAUAGUGACCAUUUUCACUGCAUUAUUUGCCGCAGCAGUUGUCGCAAUAAACUUUUACGUUACGACACUUCAAUCCGUAUCCAUGUAUAAUUCAAAUGUUGACUUCCCUCGUUGGGCUUCGAACGUUCCAUUGAUACUUUUUGCCAGUUCCGUCAAUUGGGCUUGUCUGCUCCUUAGCUUGAAAUUGUUCUUUGCCAUCAAAGUAAGAAGAAGCUUGGGACUUAGACAGUUUGAUACGUUCCAUAUACUAGCCAUCAUGUUCAGUCAGACUCUGAUUAUUCCAAGCAUAUUGAUUGUGCUGGGAUAUACAGGUACUAGAGACAGAGACUCCUUAGCAUCCUUGGGUUUCCUGUUAAUUGUGGUGUCUUUACCUUUUUCAUCCAUGUGGGCUGCCACAGCAAACAAUUCUAAUAUUCCCACCUCUACUGGUUCGUUUGCUUGGAAGAAUAGAUACUCUCCCUCUACUUAUAGUGAUGAUACCACUGCCGUCUCUAAGAGUUUCACGAUCAUGACGGCAAAGGAUGAGUGUUUUACCACUGACACAGAGGGAAGCCCCAGGUUUAUCAAGGGUGAUAGGACUUCGGAAGACCUUCAUUUUUAG